AUCAUCAAAUCAUCGAUAUACUAUGCUCAUCAGCUCAUUUAGUAAUUUUACACAAGAAUCCCAACAACAAAUUAUUAAGUAGUCUAGUGAUUUUCUAUUGAAAAUGAGUAGAAUGGAUGAAGUCAAUUGAUUGAGCUUCAACAGGCAGAAUCCCUCCGUCUCUGCACGGUGUACAUACCGACAGCCGGCCAAUAAUCCGGCCGAGGUGCUAAAUGAACCGUACUCCGCCGUGGUUCAACAAAAGUAAAAAAAGACCUCGCCGGGAAAACAAGAAUGCCCGGUCCGGGUCCGCACAUGAUAUACGCACUCGGAUCUGGGCUGGCCUUGAUGAGCACAUCUAGCGGCCACUUCAGCCCUCACCACUGCCUUACCUACUCCAUCAAUGCUUUCUUCGGGCCGGACAUUGGCUCUUUCUGCGAGUGGUUAUCGUCUACUCUCGGGUUGGGCGUGGAUUUAGGAUCACCAAUUGAGCCAUGGAUCCACGACCCUUUCUACUAUUUCCUCAUUCUGGGCUUCCCUCUUUCUCUGCUCUACAGCUUGGCCUCCAAGUUCCUCCUCCGCAAAGGGUUUCUUGAUUCCAUUUCCAGGGUUCCUCUUACAAAGAUGCAGUGUUUUUUGUUGGUGGCUGCUGGUUCUUUAUCACAUUUUUUCUUGGACCAUUUGUUUGAGAUUUGGAUUAGAGGAAUCAGAAUUGAAAUGCUUCUUUUUGGGUUGAAUGAAAGUAUGGAUUUGGACAGAGCUAAGUGAAGGGCGCAUACACGUGUGGAUAAUUGAUUCAUUUUCUUCCUAUUCUCUUUCUUCUUUUAUCUUUUAUUUUAUUUAUCAUUCUAUGUUCUUAUAUUCAUCUUUUAUUUUUGUUGUGUUCUUUAUCUCUUUUAUCUAUAUUAUAUUCUUACGUUAUUUUUCUUAUAUGAUAGCAUUGAUCAAUUCAUGUUAGCCAACUCCAAAUGCUUUUGGGAAUAAGGCUUGGAUGUUGUUGUUGUCACCCUAGAGAUGGUAUGUAAUUACACACUACGUAGUAUAUAUGAUAAUAUGAUUGAGUUUUUUUGUUAAGACUGUUAAAGCAUUUAUCACACAUCGGAAUUGACCUCUUAGGAUGGAACUCCGGGUGUUAACAUGGUAUCAGAGCCAAUUCUGAUUGUGGUUUGACGGCUUGUUUAGCACCCAUGAUUAUGGGUAGCUUGUUAAGGGUUUGUUUGGCUAGUUUAUACACCCUAAUAUUGUCCAACCCGGUUCAAUCUGAGGGGGUGUGUUAAAGUAUUUGUCCUACAACGGAAUGCUAUAAAACAAUUAAACAUUAUAUAAAGUUUUGGGCUACUCCUAUCAGGUUGACCUUUUAAGAUGGAACCCCGAGUCUUAACAAAACAUUUGACAAGUUUUGCAAGAAGUGAAGUGUUUUAUCUAAGGAAAAUUUCCCGGGAUAUGACUAAAACAAAGUGAGUUUCUUGAAAUGUGAGUAGUUAUGUUUUCUUCCCGAAAUAUGACCAAAAAUUGAAAAAAAAAAGAUAUUUUCGUUAUUUUAAAUUGUGGAAGGACAAAAAUACCCUUUUUUUUAAAAAUAUGCAUUUUACACUAAUUUCGUCCGGGUAAAAAUAAUGCAAUUUAUGAAGUGGUCAUUGCACUACAUUUAUUGCACUUUAUGACGAUAUUCACUGCACUACAUAACAAAAAUGUUAUGAUAUUACCGUUUUUUACAUGUCAUUUUUAAUGCACUUCUUUUCAUGUCAUUGCAUGUUUUACAUUAUUGCACUUCUUGCCAUAUCAUUGCACUUUGUGCCAUAACUCAUUGCACUUCUUGUGAUGUUCAUGGCAUUAAAUAUAAAUUAUUCACAACACAUUAUCUUUAAUCGUCUUCAACCUAGGGUUCGUCUUCAACCUCGGUCCGCCAUCCACUUCACCCGCCUUAACUGAAGAAUUUGAGUUCUUGGAGCGGCGGAGGGGCGCAGCUUAGCGGCAACGACUUGGAGUGCGGUUGGCAGCGACCAUGGAGGGGACUGGUUUGGCAGCGACAAGGAGGGUUCUGAGAUAGUGUUGACGAAUAGGGAUCGGGACGACGGUGACGCUGAUGGCUUGGGACGGCAGCAACACACGGGUCUAGGGAUGGAGGUUGCGUGCUGCGAGGUCGAUUUUUGGCGAUGCCCGCAGAGAACUAGCGAGGGAUUGGGGGUGGCCGUGAAACCUGCGAGUAGAUGGACUGGUGGCGGCGGCCGUGCUAUUGGACGGCGGCGGACGGUGAGCCGGCGGCAACAAGGCGUGUGGGGAGCGCAGGAAGCCAGAGAUCUUUUGCGUCUAGUUGCUAGGGUUGGAAAAAAAGGGUAGGAGUUUAGGAUUUUAUAGAUAUAUCAUAAAGGGUAUAUUUGUCCAUGGAAAUAAUUUAAUUAUUUAUUAAUUACGAAUUUUAAUUAAAUAAUACAAAUUUAGGUAAUAUUUUGAGAAAAAAAACUAGUUUGGUCUUAGAUUGGGAAAGUGAAAGUGUUUUAGUCAUAUGGGGGAUAAUUAUUUCUUUAUCUAAAUAGUGUUAUAUCCAAUGUGAAGCAAAGUGUUAAAUCUUACGAGGCAAACUUGAGUAUAGUAAACUUUU